CGCAGCCGCAGCAGCAGCAGCAGCAGCAGCAGCAGCUCGAGUGCUCGCGCGAGUCUCGUUCAGCCAGAGAGCGCAGAGCAGCAGCCGCGAGUGCGCAGUGACGCGGCGGGGCCGUUUCGCCGAUCGAUAUCCGCUCCGGGAGUGCUAAGCUUAUCAGUGCGCGCGGCCAGCUGACCUUCACAGCGAUGCUCAGAGGCGUCGGCUCUUCGCACGAGCUUGCCGCCACGGUUCCGAGCGAGCGGCAGCGAGCGAGCGCCGAGCAGUGUUGACUGGGCGGCUGCUCUCGGUCCUCGUCCUCCGCGACUGUCGCCGGGACAAUGUGGAGCUGCUGAGCUGUCAGCGCGGACUUGAUCGAAUCGCCCACUCGCCGAGGUAUACACGCAGUGGUGCGAGCGAGCAGCCUUCAAAGUGAUCCUCAAGAUCGGAGGUGCAGUCUUGGGCGUGGAGUCGCCGCGUACGAUGAUGCCGCUCGCUCCGACGCCAAUAGUGCCGGUGCCCUCCAAGCCGAAGAUCGGCUUCAGCAUUGACUCGAUCGUCGGCGGCGGUCGCGGCCGCAACAACGCCGAGGACAAUGAGCCGGCGCCGCCCUCCACGCGGCUCGCCGAGACGCGCAUGGACAUCGAGCGCGACGCCGACCUCGCCUCGCCGCCCUCGGACCACCACCAGCACCACCACCUCCACCAGCAGCAGCAGCAGCAGCAGCAGCACCACCACCACCACCACAUCGAGGGCGGCUCCUCCUCGCCGCCGAGGACUCGCGUGCGACUCGGCAGCGGGGGCGCGCGCUCGCCCGGCGGCCACUCCGAGGAGUCCGACAGGCCGCACUCCAGAAGUUCCUCCGUCGAGUCGUACCCCAACUCGCGGCGAACGCCGUCGCAUCACGGCCAGCACCAGGCCAACCAUCAGCAGCAACAGCAGCACCACCACAGGAUCAACCACCGGCAGCCGGCGCCGCGGCCGAGUCUGGAUUACAGUGCGCGCUCGCUGACGAAUCGCAGUCACAGCGGCGGCUCGUCGCCGAACGAGUCGCCGAGUCCGCCGAGGCGGGGCAGCGAGUCGCCGGUGGCGCCGCCCCCCUCCGGUCAGCAGCACCCCCAGCCACCCCCGGGGGUCGUCAGGCCCAGUCCCAACUACCUGGGCCCUCCGCCGGGAGCCGCGUCGGCGGCCGCGGCCGCCGUCGCCGCCGAGCAGCUCAAGAGCCUUUACGGCCUGCCGGCCGCGGCCCACGCGGCCAGCGGGCCCCAGGCCCAGAGCGAGUACCACUCGCAGCAGCUGGCCCUGGCGGCCAACAUCGCCGCGGCUCAGCACUUCCAGGCGGCUAACCUCGCCGUGGCGCUGCAGGCGCACCACGGGCCCCCGCAUGGACCCUACCCGCACGCAGGCGGCCCGACCGGGCCCCAUCCGCCUCCUCACCCGCACCAGCCGCCCAGAGACAGUUACCCGCUCUACCCCUGGCUGCUGUCCCGGCACGGCCGCAUCUUUCCACAGCGGUUUCCCGGAGGACCAGACAUACCUGGCUUCCUGCUACAGCCCUUCCGCAAGCCAAAGAGAAUAAGAACGGCGUUUAGCCCGUCUCAGCUGUUGAAGCUGGAGCAUGCCUUCGAGAAGAAUCACUACGUCAUUGGGGCCGAGAGGAAGCAAUUGGCUCAGGCACUCUCGCUGUCCGAAACUCAGGUGAAAGUCUGGUUCCAGAACCGACGGACGAAGCACAAGCGGAUGCAGCAGGAGGAAGAGGCGAAAGCCCAACAGCAGUCUAGCGGAGGUGGCAGAGACAGUGCCAGCGGUGGCAACUCCAACUCAAAUAACAACGGCAACGGGGCGAGCAACAAGAACACGCAUCACGUGAGCAAGUGGCAGCAGGAGACGGCCGAUUAUCACGAGCACGACGAGGACGACGAGCCGAUCGACCCCGAGGACUGUUCCAGCGGCUCGGAGGCGUAGCUGGAUGUCCUGUGCCUGGACUAGACUUUUAUCCACGGGCACCAGCAGUCACUCUACGUCGACUCUUCUAUGCGGCGGAUACGCUGAUACGUAUCUAGCAGCAGCGGAAGCUUCGCGUCUAUUUCCCAGCUGCUUUUCCUCUUCUCUUCGGAGCGGCGACUCCUUCGCCGCCGCCAAGUUCCUUCAAAUCGACGACAAUGCAACCGACAAUGUACAGAGUUCCCCAAUCCUCUCUUCCUCCCCCCUGUCUCUCUCUCUCUCUCUCUCUCUCUCUCUCUCUCUCUCUCUCUCUCUCCCUCUCUCUCUUUUGUCCCUUCGACGCGCCGUAUCGUGGAUUUCUCAGUGAAGAGCGAUCGACGCCUGACUGUGCCAGCAAUACGAGCGAGAGGACGGCUAAUUCGAUUUGUACAUAUAGCCGCAGCGGAGCCUACGGUGAAUCGCGUGCGUAUCUCACGAAAUCCAGACUGCCAUACUAGCGAACGAAAGCGCGAGCACAGUGCCAAACGUUUUAUUAUUAUUAUUAUUAUUAUUAUUAUUAUUUCUCCUCUCCGAAGCCCAGUGUUGUAUACUAAAACCUGUAUUUACCUUCGUAAGCCCGGCGUUGUUGUUGCGUACAGCGAGCAGCAGUAUUUCUUUUUAACAAUCGAUGUCACAACAAUAACGCGAUUCACGAGUUACUUAAAUUAUUUAGAGCCAAGUCCAUAUUAUAUAUAUUAUUAUAUAUGUAUAGCGUUCGAUGCUCGGCGCGAAAUCGACAUUGAAUACAAUUAAUUAUCAUGAUGUAAUGCGACAUCUCGGUUUCGCGGCGCGGCCGCACCAUCGGACCUGUAUUCGCGCGUGUAAAUAGUGUGUAAAUAUCGAAAUGUGAUUCCACUCGACGCACUCGAGGCGUAGAUCCGUAAGACGAUCAACAAAAGAUUUUAGUUCGUGUUCUAGCGACAUUAUAGCGAA